GACAUAAUCAUACGGGUUGAUGAGUGCAUAUUAUAAUGUCCGAAAUGAACGUUAAAGCGGACAGCGAAGCGCAUCUCGAUGAAGAAACAAAAGUCGAAUCGCCGGGAGAAACUAAACAGGAUAAUUUGACUGGUGUAAUAACGACUGACCGUGACGAAACUCGCCGCAGUCACUCAGAAUUUGACUUCGGUGAAGCAAAAGAGGAAAUUAGUGGAGAUCCGCGAGAUUCCCUACAUCUGGAAUCUCUCCGUGAAUAUAGCGAUCGGAUUAAAGCUUUCCUUGGUUGGGAUAGCAAUAGUGCGGAAUCUGUCACGGAUAAACCACCCAAUGAAGAUUUAGCGAAGAAUGACUGUCCAGAAGCUGGAGAUUUAAAGAAUAACUUUCCAAAACAAAGCGAGGCAGAUCUGAAUGCUGUUAACCAUAGUGAAGUUAAUGGAGAAUUAAACAAUUCCCCAAAGACUGUCGAGGGUGAAUCUAAAAAUACUGCACCAUGUUGUGAUGAAACACCUCCCAAUGAGCACUGCAAAAUAUCUACCGAAAGUCUGCAUUCUCUCGAAGAUACACAGAAAUUAUUUGAGACUAGUUCUGCGCAAACUGCUAUAGAUCCUGAUUCAGAAUUAUAUCCGGAAAACGAAGCAUCUCGUAUAGAAGUAAAUAUUUUAGGAAAUAUCAGUCAAAAGCCAAUAAUGAAUGAGACUUCGUUGCAAGAUGAUAAAACGCCUGAAAAUGGGUUAAUUUUAAGAAAUUCAGCAGAUUUACUUAUAGAUGAAGAAGGGUGCAAUAAUAAUACCGAAAUAUGUAACAAAAUCAACAUUCCAGAAACACAGUUAAACAAUAUUCUGGAUGAAAAACUUGAUGGAGUUAACUCUUUACCAGAAAGGCUAACUAAAGAUAAUGUAGCUUUAGCAGCUGAUCAAACUGAGGAGCAAAAGAAUGACCAGUUAGGGAAUAGAGUUUCAGAUGCUGAAGGAAAGAUUUCUUCUGAUAUCGAUGAUGUUAGAAAAUUAAGUGUUGGGAUAGUAAAAGAUGUUUUAGAAGAGGCUACGACUCAGGUACAGUGUGGUUUGAGUGACAAAAACACAGAGAAUGUCGAAAAAAAUGACCUGCCGUCGAAUGAAGGAUAUAGUGAAGUUUCAUGCAACAGUAGAGGAGAUGAGGAUACCAGGAAAUUAAAGCAGAUUGAAGAAGGGCUUGCAGAUUUCAAAGAAUCCAACCUUCAGACUUGUGAAGAGCAGUUGUUAAAUGGGAAGGAAGAAACAUACCCUGAACCGCACUUUGAUGAAAAUGAAACUAAAUUAAAUAAUGAAAUAGAACUAAAACCUGCUGCUGAAUAUCCCGAAAGUGAUUAUGUAAGUGCUUCUCCUAUUGAGCUAAAGGAUCAGGUGUUUAAUGAGAUAGCAGAAACAGCAGAGUGUGACGAAGACACUGUUUGUGGAAUCGGUAUUUUCAGACCAAAGUGGCUGCAAAAAUGGGCAACAUCUGAAGUUUACCUUGCGCUAUAUUCGAUUAUUGGUGUUCUUCAAGGCACAUACUAUACAUACCUCGUAUCAGCAAUAACAACUCUAGAAAAAAGAUUUGCGUUUAAGACUAAAGUUAGUGGAACUAUAAUGAUGGCUGACGAAAUCUCUCCUUUGAUUUUAGGACCUUUGGUUGGGUAUUUCGGAGGGAAAUUUCACAGACCAAGAAUAGUAGCUUUAGGAAUGUUACUUUCAGCGUUGUGCUGUUUCGUUUCAGCUCUCCCUUACUUCAUUUAUGGUACUGCUAAGGAUUUGACAUCUGUCAGUGUGCAUGGUAAAACAGGUCCAGAACUGUGCACCAGUGACGUUAAAGAAGAAUUCUGUGAAAGUGAUGAUCGCCCACCCACAAUGGCUGCCGUUCUGUUCCUCUUCCUGGGCAGCUUUCUGAAAGGUUUUGGUAAUUUGGCUUACUAUGCUGUUGGACUAACGUAUAUGGAUGAUAAUACGAAGAAGAAGAAUUCUCCAGUUUUUUUCGCUAUAGCAUUUAGCUUUAGACUAUUUGGGCCGUUUUGUGGAUCCCUGAUAGCAUCCGCAUGUCUAAAGUAUUACGAAAAUCCAUUUGUUGAUCCCGGCUAUGGACCCAAUGAUCCUAGAUGGAUUGGCGCUUGGUGGUUGGGAUUUGUUCUACAAGGUAUUGUGCUAGCCAUCUUUACACUACCUCUCUUCCUUUUUCCGCGACGAUUACCAGGUCAUAAGGCGUCAGUUCAGGUAUACACUGAACGUGAAAGUUUUCUGUCCAUGCUGAAAGGCAUGUUUGCUGCAUUUAAAAGACUUGGAAAUAAUCCUCUAUAUCUUUUCCAUGCGUUACAUGUGAUUUUUGCGCUGUUCGGGAACUUCGGUCAUUGGACAAUGCUUCCGAAGUACAUGGAAAACCAGUUCAGACUGACUGCGUCGGAAGCCAGCUUAUAUGCAGCCCCUCCUGCUGUUGGUGCUAUCAUGAUCGGUAUUGUAAUUGGUGGAAUUCUUGUAUGGAAGUUCAAACCCUCAGUUAAAACCUUGACGGCAGCUAUGGUAUUAACUGAAGUAAUAGCUACAGUCGGUUACCUUCUACUCAUGAUUCCCAAAUGCCAGGAAGUUGAGAUGUUCAAUUCUGGAUUCAACGAAAAAGGUUUUAUAUUAGAAAACACCUGCAAUUAUAAUUGUAAUUGCUCAACAAGAGAAUUCACCCCUAUCUGCGCUCCAGAUGGAAAAACAACUUUCUUCUCCCCAUGCUACGCUGGAUGCAGUCUGCCUAAAAAUGGAGAUAAGGUAUACGCGAACUGUUCCUGCGGACAUGAUCUUUCUGCAACCUACAGUGGAGUAUUUACUGAAGGCUACUGCCCGGAUGAAGGUUGCUGGUCACAAGCUUUGUACUACAUCAUCUUUUUCCCAGCUUAUCAGGGCCUUCUGAGUAUUGUGCAUGUUGCUCAUACUAUGGUAACUCUGAG